AUUUUUAGGGAAUGUCUGAAGGCAAGAAGAACGUGGCGCAGGGAUCUCCGUGUAAGGAAAUGCAGGAAGAUAAGACGGAUCCGGGCGCUAGCAGGCACGGGAACUUCAUGAAUUAUUACCAAUUCCAUCCUGCGGAAGAGCGCGUGCGACAACUUCCGUGUGGCGUGUGGCGGUCGGCCCAUCCGGACCGGAAAUACGUAGGCCUAGACGUCGGUUGUAACGCGGGGGAUUUAACAUUCGUAUUGUACGACUUCCUGGAGAGCAGCUUAUCGGCCGAGGAGAUCUGUUUGCUCGGCAUAGACCUCGAUCCGAUCUUAAUCGAGCGGGCAAAGGGGCGCAACCCACAGCCGGGUCGUAUUGAUUUCGAAUGCCUCGAUUUCUUGGCGGAGGAUCGUAAUCGAACACUGGACGAGUAUCUUCAUCGAUUGGGAAGGUCACGCUUCGACGUCGUGUUCUGCUUUUCAAUUACCAUGUGGAUCCACUUGAAUCACGGGGACGAAGGGCUGGCAGAAUUUUUGCGAAUAGCUUGCUCAGUCACCGACAUGAUCGUGAUCGAGCCACAACUUUGGAGAUGUUACAGGAACGCGUCGAGAAGGCUACGACGAUCGAAAGGCGAAGAUUUCCCAUUAUUGCGAACGUUGAGGCUCACUGGCGAUCCAGCGGCGCACAUUGAACGCAUAUUGACUGAAUCUUGCAAUUUUCGAAGAAUCACGGUUACCGAGAACAAUGAGUGGAAACGGAGGCUAUUAAUUUAUGCGAGGACGUGAGCCAUCACUUUUCUCACUCACCAGAGAUCCAUGGGAUUCCGUGCUGUAUGCUAAAUAAAACCGACGUCAAUAAGUGAACGACGAUCUUUUUUUUUUUUUCCUUUGUUUGAUUUAUACGAUUGUCGGAAUAAUUUUUGGUAUAAAUAAUAAAUUAACAUAAUUUAUAGAGAAACAAGGUUGUGA